AUGGAGACAACACCUCGCGACCGUCUCGGUCAAUUGUUUGCUAAUCAGCCUCGCCCAUCUCUUCCAAUACCUGGUCAACCUCACUUUUCCGAAAUGGAGCUCGAUCAGAAGAAAGCUAUGGACCAAAAUCCAAGGAGACUGACAUCAAUUGCGCAGUAUCCCCGACAGGUCAAAUCCCGACCACAACCUCCACGAAAUGUCGACUGCCUCACCAGCUCUGAUGACGACGACGACGACUAUGUGUCGGCUUUCAAACAGAAACCGUCAAUGAAGAUCCCGGCGAAACAAGAACAAGGUCCACUUGAAUAUGUCGCGAAUGGGAAAAAAUCGUCAAAAUACGAGACAAAUGACAAUAUGCUGCAAAGCAGAGUGUCUGAAAGUGAUGAUCAUCUCCCUACCUCAAAUACAAAAGGCCACCCAGUCACAGGCCGUUUCUGUCUGUUCACUCUCGCGGCCAAGUUUCCAUACAAAUAUAUGAACGACAGCCAUGAUCGAGUGUCAAGACAUUUCUUUGCGGCCAACAAGUUCUAUGACAGAACCUGGGACCUGUACGUGGCGUACUCUUUCGCAAAUGUGCUUCCCGUGUCCGGUGACUUGUAUACUAAUAUACGCCGCAGCUACUACCUCGAGCCACCCUACACGCUCGGCGGCAAACCCAUCCUUCUGAUUCCGUAUGCACAAGCCGAACAACUCAUCCACGAGAUUGGUCAGACGUUCCAGAUCGCUGUGUCAGUGCCGAAAUUCCCAUUCACUCUCACCUUCUAUGAUGAUGGCACCCCUCAGCCAACGUUUCUGGGCACCUCUCGAUCUCGAUCAGAAGUCGGAGAUCUUCAAGCCUCGAUUCCGCCAACACCGAUGGAUCAUGGAGAAUGUCCUCCAGACGCGGUGCCUGACGUCCAACAAAAAUUUGAUGAUUUCAAGGAGAAAUGUCGAACUGUACUCGCAGCCAAUAGGAGAAAAGGCGCUGUGGCCAAGAAGAAGAAAGAGGACGAUCGCCUGCUAUCUAUUCAAGAUUGGUACAAGCAAUUGAGAAGAGCACAGAGAUACUUAGGCCUACGUCCUAAAUCUGGCAACAUUGAGCCUCCAGAUCCGAACCGAUCCUGGACCGAGCAGGGAGAAUUUCGUCUACCGCAGCUCAACAAAGCUCACAUCGUCCUUGACCCAUUGAAUGUCCACGAUAUCGCGCCAUUUCCUCCGGAAAAGGAGCCCGUCAUCAUUUCGAUCGAUGUCGAAGCAUAUGAGAGAGCUCACAACAUCAUUACUGAGGUUGGCGUCAGUACUCUCGACACACUGGACCUCGUCCAAAUUCCUCCUGGUCCAGGUGGUAGAAACUGGAUCAACCAAAUCCGCUCACGACAUUUCCGAAUCAAGGGAAGACAGCACUUGAUCAACAAAGACUUUUGCAUUGGCAAUCCAGAUGCCUUUCAAUUCGGUCGUUCAGAGUUCGUCGACAUCAGCCAGGCGGCUGCAAUGGUGGACAGCUGUUUUGAAUGGCCCUUCUCGGUGAAAUACAAGCAUGCUGGUUUGGAAGAUCCAUGGAGUACGGAGCCGGCCAAUCCAACCGCGGAUGGUGCCGUUCCAAAAGAACACUCUCUCGACUCGGGAGGGGUAAAAAAUGGACCAACGAAUAAAGAAGAGUACGAAGCAGCAAACAGGGCGGCAGUGACCAGCGUCAUGGAAGGUAUCCUCCCGAUCCCAGAUCGACAGAACCCUGAAGAACCCCAACUUGGACCCCGAGAGCGCAACAUCAUUCUGGUGGGACACGACAUUCGAGGUGAUCUGGACUAUUUGAAAGUCCUAGGAAGUCAGAUCUUUACACCGUCUCGUGCCACCUACCCCAUUGCUGCCAUGGAGAUGAUGGGACCUGGGGAAGGUCAUGCCAAAACGUUGGCUUCCAUCGUUGAAGCUCUGGAUACUGCUCCUCUGUACAGAGUUCUCAAGAAAGAGACCCAAAAUCGCAACCUGGGUUCAAUCCUUGUCGACCUUGGUCUCCGAUGCUAUUUUCUGCACAAUAGCGGCAAUGAUGCCCGAUACACCCUGGAGGCCUUGAUUGCCAUGACCGUGAAAGCCAGACUGGAGGACGAUGAGCAUCCAAAGGUAGAGAAUGUACGCGCAAAACAAUUUCCUGACAUGGAAUGGAGUACCGCGCAGCCCACAUCUCACGAUGUCGGUCAACCAGAAGGACCGGGGGAAUGUGAAAAGCGACCACCUCCUCCACUUUCGAAGUCAGAUGUGCAAGCAAGUGAGAGUGCCGUUCUGACCAACAAUGGGACUCCUGGAACACGCAACAAGGAAGAUCUGGACGUUUUUGAGGCAGCGAUAUUGGCCUCUGCGGACUCCAACGCAUCACCCCUGAGACAACGAGAUGGGGAAAUUGUCGCAAUCGCCGAGAGAUUGAAGCUAGGCCCGAAUGUGAACGACGAAGAACCGGAUGGCCCCCCCCAGAAUGGAUGGGACUCAUGGGAUGGAAAGUGGUAA